GGCCCUGGCUGCCGCCGCUGCCUCGUCCGGGCUUGGCGAGGACUUGGGAGGGACAGCGGCGCUGGGAGGUGGCUUAACAGAGACUUUCCAGCAACUGCUGCCCAGGACUCUUUUUUUUUUUUUUUUUCUUUUUCCCAGGAGGCGGCGACGGCGGCGGCGGCGGGGGAGAGGAAGAGAAGGAAGCGUCUCCUGCUUGAGCCAAUGCAGCCCUUCGGCUCUCGCGGAGGAGCGUCCCUGCCCUGAUGAGCCCCCGCAGUGCGUCUCCGACCGUCCCCCGGCGGGAGUGGGGCACGGAGCCCAGCGCCGACGAUCGCUGCUACUUUGCCGGUGGGAGUAGGAUGUGGUGAAAAGAUGGGGCUUUUCCCUUUCGGGGCUCACAAUGGCCAGAGAAGAUUCCGUGAAGUGCCUGCGCUGCCUUCUCUACGCCCUCAAUCUGCUCUUUUGGCUAAUGUCCAUCAGUGUGUUGGCAGUUUCUGCUUGGAUGAGGGACUACCUAAAUAAUGUUCUGACUUUAACUGCAGAAACAAGGGUAGAGGAGGCUGUCAUCUUGACUUAUUUUCCUGUCGUCCAUCCAGUCAUGAUUGCUGUUUGCUGUUUCCUUAUCAUUGUGGGAAUGUUAGGAUACUGUGGAACAGUGAAAAGAAAUCUGUUGCUUCUUGCAUGGUACUUUGGAAGUUUGCUUGUCAUUUUCUGUGUAGAACUGGCUUGUGGUGUUUGGACAUACGAGCAGGAAAUUAUGGUUCCAGUUCAAUGGUCAGACAUGGUCACUUUGAAAGCCAGAAUGACAAAUUAUGGCUUACCUAGAUACCGGUGGCUUACUCACGCUUGGAAUUUUUUCCAGAGAGAGUUUAAGUGCUGUGGAGUGGUGUACUUCACUGACUGGCUGGAAAUGACAGAGAUGGACUGGCCCCCGGAUUCCUGUUGUGUUAGGGAGUUCCCAGGAUGUUCCAAACAGGCCCACCAGGAAGAUCUCAGUGACCUUUAUCAAGAGGGUUGUGGGAAGAAAAUGUAUUCCUUUUUGAGAGGAACCAAACAACUACAGGUGCUAAGGUUUCUGGGAAUCUCCAUUGGAGUGACACAAAUCUUGGCCAUGAUUCUCACCAUUACUCUGCUCUGGGCUCUCUAUUAUGAUAGAAGGGAGCCUGGGACAGACCAAAUGAUGUCCCUGAAGAAUGACACGACUCAGCACCUGUCAUGUCACUCAGUAGAACUGUUGAAACCAAGCCUGUCGAGGAUCUUUGAACACACAUCUGUGGCAAACAGCUUUACUACACACUUUGAGAUGGAGGAAUUAUAGGGAACAUCAAAGAAGGAAACCACAAAUUUAUUUUAUUGGACUUCUGAAUUUUUGAGUACACACGUAUAUGUUUCAGAAAUGUGUAGAAAUAUUGCCAUAAAGGAAUGACUAAGCAUAUAAUUUUCUACCCUUUAAAAUAAAGAGGGAAAAUUUCCAUUUUAUGUCACCACCUGGACAACGGUUGAUGCCCUUUAUAAUGCUGAGGACAGAUCUAAUACCCACUUUAUAGCCUGUAUAAGAUGGCAUAGUUUGACCAUCAUUUCUGAAGCCAUGUAAACAAGUUGUGCUAUGGUGGAUUUGGAGCUACAGUAAAGUUUGAUUUACUUCCAUAAGCUUGCUAGUAUAUCAAGUACCAAUGAACUUCUAACAUAGGAAAUUAGGCAGUAUUAAUGAACUGUGUUGCUUGGUGACAUACUCUUUUGAGAGUGGGUAGAUUAUACAUAAGAAAACUCUGAAGAUUGGUGACUACCUAAAUGUGAUUUUUUUUCUGGUUACUAAAAUAUUCUUAUUACUUACAAGAGCAAAUUAACACAUUGUCUUAAACUGAUCAGGGAUCUAUGUGUAUAUAAGAGUCUGUGUUAAGUCUGUAUAAUUCAGUAGAUUUCAGUUCUUAUAAUGUUAAGAAUAACAAUCGUGAGUGAAAAGGAUAAAUUUGUUCUGUAUAGCACCAUUAUUUUUAACCUUUCCUGUUAAUAGAGCUUUAAAAUUCCAUGUUGGGCUUAUAUUACGUACAUAACUGUUAAUUUAAAUACUUAACCACUAAUUUUGAAAAAUUGCCUGUGUGAUGCAUAGGAAUCAUUAUAAUUCAGAAUGUAGCCUGGUCUCUAAGAAGUAUUAACAAGAAAGCUUACACAUAAUGUAGUUCAUUCAGCAAAAUCUUGGAUGCUACCUUUCUCCCAAACUAAGGCUCUUUUUGACAGUCAACACUUUUUAAAAUGAGCUUACCUUUGUCUUCUUCAAACAAGAGGCAGUAGUCCGCAAGUCUGAAUAUAAUUCUACAGAAACAGUGUUCCUUUUCUCCAGCAAAAUGUCGUGAGAAUCAUUAAAAUAAGUGACAAUUUAACCAGAGAUGUUCUUUGCUUUAUUUCACUGAUUAAGAUACUGUGGUGAAUUACACAGAUUAUUAAAUUUUUUACAAGAGUAAAAUAUAUUUAUUUGAAAUGGGGAGAGUGCAUUUUACUGUAUUUUGUGUGUUACGUUUAUUUCUCAGAAAAUGUAAAGAAAAUUUAAAUGUGUCAAUAAAUAUUUUCUAGAGAGUAA